CUAUAUCGAACUGUAACCAUCAGUUUUAGGCUUUUAGCAGUAAUGGUUUCAUCUUUCACGCUCUAAUCCGUCUCAUAUCAAGGUUAUUUGAGGGCGUAAAGCAUAAGUCGAACUGCGGCAGCGUUUGUUCAACUGGUUUUCACAGUCGCAGUCUCUUUAUAUUUCAUCUGAAGGAAAAGGACAUUUUGAUUUUGAUAUCGUGGUUUCGUAAUGAGAACUCGAAACGCCGAAACCCCCAAAUCGAGGGCUACGAAGAAAACGCCGGUGAGGAAAUCUGCUACUAAAACCCCUCCAAAGCCAUCAGAAGAACCGCCGGAGUCUUCUACGACGACACCCAAGUCGGCCGACAGUCCUAAUUCUGCAUCUGUAACUGAACCGAAACCCUCCAAUAACAGUAGCGCCGCUGCGACGCCAACGCCCACUACUGUCUCAGUGCCCCAAUCCAAAGUGGAAGAUUCCGGCGCAUCAACAGACACUGCUCAGGCAACGCCUGAGAUGAAAGCAACCCCAACCACAAGAGCCAUAACCAAGAAAUCGCCCGGAAAGACUAAAACUAAUGUUGCAGCUAAAGCCUCUGCUACACAGACACCCAAAACGGCAGUGAAGGUUGAGCAAUCGGUUGUGAACGUUGAAGAAUCUUCAGCGAAAGAGGAAACUGCUUCUGAAAUGGUCGUAGAAACUCUACCGAAGGGAAAACCUCUCAUUCAAGAACUUGGACAAUCUCCCAAGAAGGAAGAAACGUUGGAAGAGGUUGCGGUUGUGAGGGUUCAGGAUUCCCCGAAGAAGGAAGAGCCCGUUGUUGUGAACUUGGAAGAGGUGGUCAAGGAAGACCUUCGUAAGAAGAGAGCCCCUGCAGAAGAUGCGAAGGAGCCCGAGAGUGACCCAGUUAGCAUGGAGGGAGAUGUGGAGGAAAACGUGGGAGGCGAAGAUGCUGAACCGAAUGGGGAUGCUAAUGUUGUUGAUGAGGUGAUGCAAGACUUAGGGGAGCAAGAGGGAUUGGAAGAACCUGUGGAUGAAGAGUGCGCAGAAGAUGAUGUGUUACCGUCAGAAGAGGAAGCCAUGGGACUUGAAGAGGAACAAAUGGAAAUAUCCGCAGUUGCAAAGGAACGGAAGAUGAAGAAAGAACAAGAGAUAUUUGUUGGUGGAUUGGAUCGGGAUGCUGUGGAGGAAGACGUUAAGAAGGCUUUUGAGAAGAUUGGGAAGGUUGUUGAAGUUCGACUACACAGGAAUCUGUCGACGAACAAGAACAAGGGAUAUGCAUUCGUGAAAUUUGCAGACAAGGAGCAGGCAACCCGGGCAUUGUUAGAAUUGAAGAAUCCCGUUAUACGUGGGAAACGAUGUGGGAUUGCCCACAGUGAGGACAAUGACACGCUGUUCUUGGGUAAUAUCUGCAACACAUGGACAAAGGAAGCUAUCAAGCAAAAGCUGAGGGAGUAUGGUGUUGAAGGUGUUGAGAGUGUUACCCUCGUGCCAGAUGCCCAACACGAAGGGUUGAGCAGGGGUUUUGUUUUCCUGGAGUUCUCUUGUCAUGCCGAUGCAAUGCUGGCAUACAAGCGACUUCAGAAGCCAGACGUAAUUUUUGGUCAUGCUGAGAGAACUGCCAAAGUGGCUUUUGCUGAACCAUUACGAGAACCAGACCCUGAGGUUAUGGCAGAAGUUAAGUCGGUGUUUGUUGAUGGGCUUCCUCCUUACUGGGAUGAAGACCGUGUGAAGGAGCAUUUUAAAGGGUAUGGAGAGAUUGAACGUAUAAUGCUAGCCCGGAACAUGUCUACUGCCAAGAGGAAGGAUUUUGGAUUUGUUGAUUUCGCUACUCAUGAAGCAGCAGUUGCGUGUGUUAGUGGUGUAAAUAACACAGAAUUGGGUGAUGGGAAGUCAAAGGCAAAAGUGAAAGCAAGGCUUGCAAAUCCUUUGCCCAAGACUCAGGCUGUUAAGGGUGGAAUGCGUGGUGGGUUUCGGAUUGGUCACAUUGGCAGUGGAGCCUUCACGAGAUAUGGGAGGGGGUUUGGACGGGGUGGACGCCCGUUUGCCCCCAUGAAUUUUCAGCGUGGUAGAAGCUUCUAUCCACGUGGACGUGGUCGAACUGGAAGAUUUGGUUUUUCUGCUGGUGGUGAUCAUGGACACUCAUAUUCAGACUUUCAUGGGAGGCAGCCUUUUGGUGGACGGGGAGGAAGAAGGGGGUUCUUCAGGGGAACCCAUCAGGCACCUGUUGAAGAAUUUGUCCCGAGAGCUGCUACCUCAUCAAGGUUUGAUCGGCCUAGGCGUGGUGCUUUUGAGAGGGGUCGUGGUAAACAGAUUCAGUCUAGGAGGCCACCAUUUUCCCCAGAAAGAGAAUUUGGUGGUCCCUUUGGUGCCAGGCACUUUGUUGAUGAACCUUAUAUGUAUGAUAGUGGACGCGGGAUAAAACGACCUUUUUCUAUGAUGGACCAAGAUCCCAUGUAUAUGGAGCCUAGUAGACUGCGUGCUCGGUAUGAUUAUCCUGAUCCAGCAAUGUCAUCUCGUGGCACUCAUUUCCGAGGUCUAUCAGAUUCUCUUGGAGAUGGCGGUGAUCUUUAUGGACAUGAUUACUAUGGUUCAGAUUAUGCUGGUGGUGCAUAUUCAUCUCUAUAUGGAGGUGAUCAUGCAUAUGGAGGGGGUUAUUAUUAUUAGAUUCAAAAACCUUUGAGGGGGACAAGCUGUUGCUGAAUGAUGGACCUGUAGCUGUUUAAUCCUUUAAUUGGUUGCUCUCAUAAACUUUCCGCUUAGCUUCCCUGUCUUUGUUGCGUUCAUUCUAGGUUGUCUUCUUGAGGGGCUUAUACCAAGGAACUAAGAUGGUAUUUGUAUUUUGGGUUGAUAGCAAUGCAAAACUUCAUUGUGUUAAAUAAAUGAGUCAUCAUGAGGACAUCAAGUAUGAAUUGGUGAGGUCAAUUUGGAGUUAUGGCUUCCCAUCUUAUGUUCAUGAUUUACAUCUGGGUUUGAGGAUAGAUGUUGGCAAUCUUUUAAACUGGAAGCUUGAAAGAAACAAUUUUGAUGGUACUUUCACUUUACUGGGUAAAAAAUAAUGGUGUCGGGUUUUUGAUAUCUAUAUUAUUGGCAGUGAUGUGGAAAAUUAUGGGCUUAUGUGGUUGUCUUGGAGAUCAAUCAGGUUUGUGAAUACCAGCAUGUGGCACCCCUCUCAAAAAUAUUCAAAGCUUAAAUAUGGGACCUAUUUGGAGUUUAUUGUGGACUAAGAUGGUCCCCUUUUGAACUUAUUUCAUCAUUGUUUCAGUGAAAGUGUGAGGCUUAAUAUCCUUUUUUGUUCUUCCAAAAAAUAAUUUAUUGUUCAAGGGGCUGCAAUGGAUUCUUAUGCUCAGCAAGCAUGCUUGAUCUUUAUGCGAGUUUUCAGAGGAAGCACAUGUUUUCUGAUUUAUUGUAGAUUCUAGGCCUCAGCUAUCAUGUACUUUCAGUGGGUGUUUGGAGGAGUGGAAAGGAUCGAGUUAAGAUGCUAUGUGAUCAUUUGCAUCCAUCUUAUUCACUGUUUCAUUUUUUGUUACAAAAUGGUAUUUUUACUGGUAUAUUUUGGCAGUGCAGUGGUUUUACUGAAUCAAGUUUGAUCUGUAUGGUUUAAGCACUAUUCAUCAUGCUAUAAAGGGAGUUGUUUUUGAGGAAUACAUGCCUUUUAAUGAAGUCAGGCUUUAAUUGUUUGUCAUGAAGGUUAAAUGCCCUUAAAAGUAUGGGUGGAAUUGAAAGUACAAUUAUUGUGGCUCUGCUAGCGUCUCUGGUGCUGAUGGAAAUGAUUGAUCAUGUGAGGUAACAAUAAAUUUGGGGAGGCGAUUUUGAUGAGGCAUGCCUACUAUUUAUUUGUUUGACUUGUAAUGCUGGAGGCUGUGGAUUAGAUCUAGAAGCUUCUAUAAUGAAUCAGUUAAAUUGAGGGAGAGUAAAUUUGCCUGAUUAAGUUGGCUGUUAACUGGUGCUAAAUGAUAAAUGACAUUGGGUUAUUAUUGACCAGUCAUAAAUGAUGACUAUGUUGAUUUUUAACAAGGAUUGUUCCUCUAAGUUGAAGGAAAACAAUAAGAUCGUACUACCUGGUUUUAUGGAUUCUUAAUUUUAUUGAUCCAUUUUUGUGGUUCUUUAUUUGCAUCUUAACUGGGAGAGUGUAGAGGCUCAGUGUCUUCAAUCAUUUGUAUAGUUUCUACUUGGAGUCUCACUGUCGAAAUUGCCAACGAUUAAACUUGUUUUGAUGGAUCAAUGAUUCAGUAUUUUGUAAUGUA